CCCCGCCCGCCCCGCUGUGGCGCGCACCAUGGUGGGGCUGUGGACGCUGCUGGGCCAGGCCAGCCGGGUGGGCGUUCGGGUCCGGCCUCGAGCCACCUGGCUCCUGGGGGCUGCCACCCACUGCGCCCCGGCGCCCCUGGCCCUGGCCCGACCUGGUCCAGUCACCCGAUUGCUUCGCACCGCUCCUGAGGACGGCGCGGGCCGCCAGGACCCCAGCAGAAUCACCCCAACCCCAGGCAAGGAGACCAGAGGCAGAGAGGAGAAAACGCAGAGCAAGUCCCAGCAGCUGAAAAAGGUUUUCCAAGAGUAUGGGGCUGUUGGCGUGUCGUUACACAUCGGAAUCUCAUUGGUCUCCUUGGGCGUAUUUUACAUGGUUGUUUCCAGUGGUGUAGACAUGUCUGCGAUCCUGCUUAAGCUUGGAUUUAGAGAGUCUCUGGUACAGUCCAAGAUGGCGGCGGGCACAAGCACCUUUGUGGUGGCCUACGCGAUCCACAAGCUGUUUGCCCCCGUGAGAAUCAGCAUCACCCUCGUCUCCGUGCCCUUCAUUGUCAGAUACUUUCGUAAAGUGGGACUUUUUAAACCUCCAGCUGCAAAACCUUGACAACCCAACGGCGGGUACCUCUUUCUUCUCAAUCAUGAAAUUUGAUUUGGGGUUAAGGGGUGGGGGCAGGGAGCGGCUAUGAUCGUGUGGGAGUUUACCUUUGCUGGCAAAAAUGAGGUUUUUGAAUG